GUUGAACCACAAAGCAAGUAGUGCCACUGUGCUACAGCAAAAAUACAGACAAAUACACACCGAAAAGAGGGGGAGACUUCAACUUAAAAACAUGUGCCAUAUUGGAGCCGGGACACGAGCAGCUUAACCCGAAAAGGAGCGGACAGAAUCGGCUUGCCAGGUCGCACGGGAGGCAGCGGGACGGACCAAAGCGGACCGACACUUUCGCUCCAGAGUAGCCGACCGCGGGCUCCCUCAGCACGGAUAGCCUGGCAGGCAGGAGUCGCUCGGGGCUAGGCGGAGUGCCAUUUUUUUUUUUUUUUUUUGGUAAUUAUUUGAGUUCACGAAGAGAGAGAGAGAGAGAGACAGCGCACAUAGACAUUAUUUAACUUCCACACGGGGUCGCUCUUAAUUGUCUUAUCAGUUAAUCACGGAGAUUAAGAAAAGUUCAACCGCCAUCUCCCAGCGCCCCCCCCCCUCCACCACCACCACCGACAGCAGCGUCACCGUCAGCCCGCAGUCAGUCGCUCUCUGCUGGGUCUCCAACCGAGGAGCCUCCCUCUCAAACCCCCUCAUCGCUCGGGGCAAACACGAACCAGCAGCUAUGGAUUAUUUUGCGCCGCUCUGUCGUUGUUUUUCGAAAGACUCUCGAAGUCUCGUUUAGUUUUACGGAAACGCUGCGAGACUUCCUCAAAUAACACGAGUAGCCAGUUCGCCCGCAACCGUUAGCUUAUUAAAGUGAACCUGAACCAGAGCUAGCCUGCCAGCUACUCAACUGCCAACACGGAGGGUGGAUGUGUGUGUGUGUGUGUGUGUGUCCGCCCAGCUGAAAUACUCCAAAACCAACAACGCAGACGCAUCUUAUCGAUUAACCUCUCUUUCGAUAGUUAGCCGAGUUGGCUAGCAGGUUUCAUUUUGAGCUAGCUUAGCGUGGUGGCUAACUAGCUGAUACCGAUUUUUUUUUUUUUUGUCGCCAGGAGGCUAACAGAAGUUAGCUCCGUGCGGAUUGGUGACAACCCCGGCGGUGCUCGGACUGAAUCUGGUGUCUUCUAACUACAUCCUCUGUGUCAUUUCAACCUCCAACAAACACACAGGAAGAAAGGAUACACAGUUUAGUUUUUUUUUGGUUUUGUUUAUGGCUCAUCUUCUUCUUCUUUGGGGGGGGUGCACCAGCUGGAGGUAUUAAGGACGACGAGGCACAUUUCAACCCUGAUUUCACCCCCGUUUUUGUUUUUUUUAGGGGGUGGGGGGGUCUCACAGGUUGUUUACACGUGUGCCAGUUUUAUUACCCUCCACUAAAAAACCUCCCCCCCUUUUUCUUUCUCUCCCUGGCUGCACAGUGUUUACACUUUAAAGAGAAACCCCCCCCACCCCACUCUCUCUCUCUCUCUUCUCAAACACAUGCCGCACACCAGUCGUCCGGACGCUUUUCCAUCAAGAGGAGCAGGGGAGGAUCUGACAGCUGUCUCCAGACCCAACAUCUGGAGCAUCUGCCUGUCCGUGUGAGAACACAUCCCGCCACUGGGACUACUACAUGGGAUUACAAGCACGGUGAUCCGCGGGCCUGGUGACUGUGUAUUCCUCGAGCAGCCUGUCGCCCAAUGUCUUCCCUCCUCAGUUUCCUUGUUUCUGUCACAGUGAUGGUAGUUUGAGGCGAAGUGAGCAGCCGGAGACAACGACAGCAUCCCCCACCCCCCACAUCCUCCUCCAGUCGAUGGUCAGCCCUGUCGCCCGCUGUCACGCACCUCGGCGCUUGAUGUUGGUCAUAUCUGGUGGAGGACAUUGUUUUUUUUAACCCCCUCUCCCCCCCCCCCCCCUAUCCCCAGCCCCGGUUAUUUUAUUGAUUUGGUCGUCCCAGGGUCGAAACAUGGCGGACCUCGAAGCAGUACUCGCCGAUGUCAGUUAUUUGAUGGCGAUGGAGAAGAGCAAAUCUACUCCAGCGGCCCGGGCGAGUAAGAAAAUCAUCCUGCCCGAGCCCAGUAUUCGCAGCGUGAUGCAGAAGUACCUGGAGGAGAGAGACGAACUGACAUUUGACAAAAUUUUCAACCAGAAAAUUGGUUUCCUGCUGUUCAAGGACUUCUGUAUGAAUGAGAUCGACGAGGCCGUGCCUCAGCUCAAGUUCUACGAAGAAAUUAAGGACUACGAGAAGCUGGACUCCGAGGAGGAGAGGCUGAGCCGCAGCCGGCAGAUAUACGACGGCUACAUCAUGAAGGAGCUCCUGUCCUGUUCACAUCCAUUUUCUAAGAAAGCAGUGGACCACGUGCAGAGUCACUUAACAAAGAAACAGGUUCCCCCAACUCUCUUCCAGCCAUACAUAGUGGAGAUCUGUGACAGCUUGAGAGGGAAGAUCUUCCAGAAGUUCAUUGAGAGUGACAAAUUUACUCGUUUCUGCCAGUGGAAGAAUGUGGAGCUCAACAUCCAUCUGACCAUGAACGACUUCAGCGUGCACCGGAUCAUCGGCAGGGGCGGCUUCGGAGAGGUGUACGGCUGCAGGAAGGCCGACACGGGGAAGAUGUACGCCAUGAAGUGUUUGGACAAGAAGAGGAUCAAGAUGAAGCAGGGGGAGACUCUAGCGCUCAACGAGAGAAUCAUGCUGUCAUUAGUCAGCACAGGGGACUGCCCGUUCAUCGUGUGUAUGACGUACGCCUUCCACACCCCCGACAAGCUCUGCUUCAUCCUGGACCUGAUGAACGGGGGCGACCUGCACUACCACCUGUCUCAGCACGGCGUGUUCAGCGAGAAAGAAAUGCGUUUCUAUGCGGCUGAGAUCAUCCUGGGUCUGGAGCACAUGCACAACCGCUUCGUCGUCUACAGAGACCUCAAGCCAGCUAAUAUCCUGCUGGAUGAGCAUGGUCAUGUUCGUAUCUCCGACCUCGGCUUGGCCUGCGACUUCUCCAAGAAGAAACCCCACGCCAGCGUGGGUACUCAUGGCUACAUGGCUCCGGAGGUCCUUCAGAAGGGGACGGCGUACGACAGCAGCGCCGACUGGUUCUCCUUAGGCUGCAUGCUCUUCAAACUCCUCCGAGGGCACAGUCCCUUCAGACAGCACAAGACCAAAGACAAACAUGAGAUCGACCGCAUGACGCUCACCAUGAAUGUGGAGCUGCCAGACUCGUUCACCGCAGAGCUCAAAGACCUGCUGGAGGGGCUGCUGCAGAGAGACGUAUCCAAGAGGCUCGGCUGUCAGGGCCGAGGAGCCCCAGAGGUGAAGGAGCAUCAGUUUUUCAAAGGCAUUGACUGGCAGCAGGUGUACCUCCAGAAGUACUCUCCUCCUUUAAUUCCUCCCAGGGGCGAGGUGAACGCUGCAGAUGCUUUUGACAUAGGCUCUUUUGAUGAGGAGGACACCAAGGGCAUCAAGUUGCUGGACAGCGACCAGGAGCUGUACAAGAACUUCCCUCUGGUCAUAUCGGAGCGCUGGCAGCAGGAGGUGGCGGAGACGGUGUACGAGGCGGUCAACUCGGACACGGACAAGAACGAGGCGCGCAAGAGGGCGAAGAACAAGCAGCUGGGCCACGAGGAGGACUACGCCCUGGGGAAGGACUGCAUAAUGCACGGCUACAUGCUGAAGCUGGGGAACCCGUUCCUCACCCAGUGGCAGCGUCGAUACUUCUACCUCUUCCCCAACCGUGUGGAGUGGAGGGGGGAGGGCGAGUCGCGGCAAAACCUGCUGACCAUGGAGCAGAUCGUCACGGUGGAAGAGACGCAGGUUAAAGACAAGAAGUGUAUCCUGCUGCGCAUCAAGGGAGGGAAGCAGUUUGUGCUGCAGUGUGAGAGCGAUCCGGAGUACGUGCAGUGGAAGAAAGAGCUGACCGAAGCGUUCACAGAAGCCCAGAAGCUUCUGCGCCGCGCCCCUAAAGUCAUCGGCAAAGGCCGGGCCGGAGUGGUGGAGCUCUCCAAACCUCCCCUCACACACCGCAAUAGCAAUGGCCUGUGAAUACACACACACACACACACACACACACACACACACACAUGCACACACACCUCGAUACACACACACACUGCAUCCCACCUCCUCAUCAGCCGCAGGACACCUUCCCGCCGCCCACCCUCCCACCACGCCUCGCAGUGUGUGUACGGACCACGCCCACCAGCCUCUCACCACACACACACACACACACACACACACACACACACACACACACACACACACACACACGAUGACCAAUCAUAAGCGCGAUAUAGUUUUUUUCUUUUUGUCCGCCGUGGGACCUUGCCAGUUCACUGAGAGGAAGAACGGACGCCGAGGCGAGGGGAGAAACAUUCGGGAGGACUCAGCAUGUGAAGAACCUCUGCAUGAAUGUGACGAGGACCCGCUCCUCUCUUGUUCCUGUCUUUCUCUUUUUCUCUCUCCUCCUGCACACCCUUCCUCCCUCCUCCUCUCUCCUCCUCCUCCACCGCCACCUCGCCCUGAGGCUUUUUGUGUGUUGGAUCUCUGUGAACCCGCCGCAGCAGCUCCUGACGGACUCUCUCCCAGAGCUGAACGCUGUUGAGACAUUCCUCUGACGGCUUGAGGAGGAGGCCGCUCGCUCCCUCUCACCAUUCCUCCCUCCGUUACUGAAGUGCGCAAAGUGCCAACAUCAACAUUUACUUGAGUCACCUGAGCGCCUGGGAGCGCUCUGCCUGGUGGCGGGCUGAGGGGGCCUGAGGCGGGCGGAGGCGGCGGUCCAUCAUUCCAAUACAGGAAGUGCGGGAGCCGCGAACUCUUUUCAGAUAGGCUUCUGUAACGGCCGGUUACCAUAGAGACUGAGGUUCCAUUGGCUGACAAACAGCAGCCGGUUGCUACGGGAACCGUGGAGACUGGUAUACCUGGGGGAUCGGUAACCAAGGACAACGGUGUAACUAUUGUGUUAUGAAGGCUACACUCGCGGGAAAACCAGAUGGAGGGAGGGAGGGAGGACUGAGUGUAUAUAAGAAACCCUUUCUCUGUGCAUCUCCAGUGUUUUAGUCCAACGUGUUUGCAUUAUUGGGGACUUCUCUGUUCGUGAAUCUGUCCUGGCUUUCUGGGGGAGGGGGGGAGAGGAAGAGGAGGUUUGUUUUCCUGCUGGGAGGGGGGAGCCCGGGUGGGUUUUGGGGGGGGUUUCAAUCACUUGCUGCGUUACCUCAGUCGGACUGUGUCAGUUUGAACACGUGGAGGCGAGAAACCUCUCUAAGGGCCAAACGUCGCGCUCCGUCUGUUAGAAAGAAAGCGCCGCGUCGGCGCCAGCGCUCUCGGAGAUGUCACCUCCCCGCUCGAUGACUACACAAUCAUCCUGUUAGGGUUACGGCGCGAGAACGGAGAGCUGAAGCUAAUUAAAGGAAACGUCCACCCUCAAACACACCGAACAGACUCGUCUCCGUUGCGUUCGAGCCGUUUCAGAUCGGUUGUUUUUGUGACGAAGGGUUGAAAAUGUUUGCACUCAUUCCCACGGCCUGCCUCGUCUACACGGACUGCUUUACUUAGCCUGCGUUUCCCAGAAUGCCUUUGGGAAUCCUACAGGGGAAACGGUAAAGCUGGGCGCACGCUGUACAAUUUUUAGGAAGUAAAUUAUUACGUUUUUGGACCAAACACCUCGAUAUCGAUAAUGUGACGAUAUCGUAGGAACGAAUAUCGGUGCUUUCACAGAAUAUUUGCACAGUGAGAUUUCUAAUGAUCAGCGAUGUGGAACAGUGAGAAAAAAUCCUCUAAGUUCAGAAAAUUGCAUCAAUUUACUGCAACAGAAACACUGAGAUGAUAUUUAGUCACAAAAUAAAACGUCACUUCGUCCUGCGGACCGUUCUGGCUCGUGGCUGUUUGUUUGAAAGCUUCGAAGCAGUUUGCUGGCAGUAAUGUUUAAGGCAGAAAUAUCGUGCUGGCUAGAUAAUUUGUGCCAAUUGUAAAAACUCGUUCAUAUCUGUGGUGAUCGAAGGAAACGUCAGCCACAUCUCGACCAGCCUCCGUAUUUCCCAUCUACGUGACACGUUGUUGCCACAGCGCUUUCAGACGCUGUUUGCCCACAGAGAAUAAAGUUUCAGACUUUGGGGAAUCGACUCGUAGUUUUGCUUCAACUGUGCCAGAGCGAGUCAAAGCACGCAGAAAUCCACCGGGCCGGAGCUGAUGGCGCCCGUUCUAGACGAUGGAGACGAGCAGAUCAGGCUGGCAGGAAGUCGGACGCAGAAACAGCGUAGAGAAUCCAGUUAGUUUUCAAAAUAAAACACCCCAUGCAAGACUCCGGGUUAUUGCGUUACAACCUGCGGCACCAGGCCGGACGGUUGGAGCUUAUGUGGAGGAGAAAAUACACAAUGUCAGGAGCCAAACCGCCUCGGUCAACCUCAGUGGAAUUUAGGCGUUAGAAACUCAUCCGACCGUCUGACGGUAGUUCGGGAGGAGUCGGCGCCCAACGAAGCUGAAAUAUGUCUCUUAAAUCGCACAGUGUACGCCCAGCUGGAAGACGUUUCUCCAGGAAGAAACAAGCUCACUCGUAUUGGAAAUGCAACGUUACAUUGAACACAGUUGAUUAAUCUGAAUAAAGUAUUUUAUAGAUUAGUGAUAAAAUAGUGAAAACGUGUCAAUGAUGCAUUCGUGUAGCUUGUUUUAUUCGACCCAAUGUCCCAAAAUAUUCCCAUCAACAGAAAUCAGACGAGCAGAACAACAACGUAAAGCACCACUUUAACACUCAUCAGCGUUUAUCUCCCACUAAAGUGUUUCAGGGUGGAGUUUUCCUCAACGUUCAUGACUUUGUCUUUUUUUCUUUUGUUAUUUUUCCUAAAUGUGACACAGUUCAGAUGAGGUGAAUUUAUUUUGUUAAUCGGGGCUUUUUUCUCACGAACCUCGUCGGGAGUUCGUUACAAAGCGAAGGGCAGAAACGCGCACAAUCUUGGUGUUAAAAGCACGCGGCGGAGGAGCGGGAGGAACCCAUCUGCCGUCGGAUACAUUCAUUAAUUUCAGGGUUUUUUUAUUUUUCAUGCAGUACAGUGUCCUCGUCUGUGAUGUCCAUGCAUUUCCAGAGCUGUGAUGUGUGACCUGCAGUAGGAAAGGGUUGAUUUAGGGGUGCAUUGUGAUUCCUUUUUUUUUUUUUCUUUGUAGCCUUUACCAGAGUCAGGGGGAGAUAUUAUCGUCUUAUAGAGAAAUUUUGUCACCUCUCAAGGUGUCUUUUAUUUUUGUAAACCAAAAUGGUUUUUAUUGUUUUCAUUGAAAUUUAUGUUGUUGCACCUUUUUAGCCCAAUGUGUUACUUAAUAGUUGUUCAAUGUGCCAAAUAACUGUUGCUGAUUGAGUGGAACCAAUGGGGAAGCCUCCUUUUCUGAACUUUUGACCCUUCUCGCCGCGGACUCGGCAGCAGCCAACGUUUAAAAAAAAAAAGAAAGAAAAAACAACACCGCCAUCGCCGCCGCCACACAAACUCUGAAGCUGCGGCGGCGUCUUCGAAAAGGGUCCAAAACUGUGAGCGUGUGAGCAUACGUGCGCUUCAGUACCGCUUUGUAUGUUUCACGCAGUGGACUCUCUCUUCUUUUUCCUGUCGCACACAGAUUCACACACACGCUCAGCACGAGACGAGUUAAAAAAAGGAUGGCAUAUAGGAAAAAAAAUUCAAAGUAUAUAUAAAUAUAUGUGUAUAUGAAAUGACAAAAUGCUCUAGGUUUAUUUAAAAGAUUUAAUGUAGAAAACAAAAUGAAAUUGUGCGGGGGAGGUCGGGGGUUUUGAUGUGAGUAUAAUUGUUUGUGGUGAAGACUUCAGCUCAAAUCUUGCACAUAAAAGACUUUAGAUAUUGUACCUGCGAGUUCCAGAUGAUUAUUUUUGUUUGAAUACAGGACUCUUUGCUCUUUCAUAUUUAUUGCGCGUGAGGGGAGCUCUCUCGCUCCGUCUCUCCUCCGCGUGGAUGAGCCCUCAGCCGAGAGCUCGCUGUAGACGAACCCCUCUGGUUAUCGCCAUCAGAAACCCUCGUUUUGUUUUUCAUACGCCACAGACAAACACAGAUACUACUGGCUUUGGGUUAUUAUUGCCAUUAAGGUUAUGAUAAUACUGAUAUAUAAUUGACAAUAUUAUUCAAUGAUUAUUAUUAAAUUUAUUUUAUUUCAAUGAUUUUAUUUUUUUUUGUUUUGUUCUCGAGACAGGUAGGAAGUUGCGUGUUGGACUGCUUGUAAAAACAGUUCAUGAAUAAAAAUCCUUUUUCCGUGUU